AUGCAACUGUUUUCGGUGCAGAUUUGGCUCUUCAGUGGUUUAGUGAUAUCCUACGCGCACCCUGGGAAACACCAUGAAGAAGCAACAGUAACGAGUAAAGGAUCGCCGGAGAAAUGGCCCGUUCCACAGAAUGCCGCCCAGAUCGGUGCGUUCCUCAGCCAGGCAGUGAAAAACACCACAAAGCCUUCACCUUCCGCCGAGCAAGGAGCUGUACUUCCUCCUUCAAGCGAUAUGCAAGUGCUUCACGCUCCUGCGUAUAAACCAGGUCUGCCGAGUGUGAUCCAAAAUUUGUUUAGUAGCGUGCCGGGAUCGAAUCACAGCGCCAGCAACUUUUUCGCCAUACCAUCCAGCACUACUGCCGAGCCUACGCCGCAAACGAAUAACACUGCCAUGAACGAUCCUUUGCCCAACCCAGUGCCCGGAAUUGUCACCACCGUGAGCAACGCCACCAAUUCAGCACAGGAAAUCACCAGUUCGUGGGGUACCAACGUGCAAAAUGGUAUCUUUGGAUCGGCUAGUUGGCUGGGCAACCGGCCCAGCAACGAUCAGCCUGCAUCCGGGUCGACUGACAGCCCGGGUUCAUCGAAUCCGAUCCAAGGCAUCAUCAAUGCGUCCCAAGCGUCAUGGAACAAUGCAACCGGGGCGGCACAAAAUCUUGCCGGCCAAUUCGGCCCCAACGUUCAAAAUGGACUAUCGAAUAUUUUCGGUUUCAAUAUAAACCGCCCCAGUAACGAUGAACCAGUAAUGCAAUCGUCAGAAACUAACUCCACUGCAGUUAAUGAGACUACAUCAUCCACUGAGUCUAAUGGGCCAACCACAAUAGCUGCUACUACGUCUACCACUAGUCCUCCCACAACUUCUGUAACCACAUCCACUUCCGGGUCCUUCUUACCACUAGUGAGUUUUGUCAACAAUUCGCAAUCGCUGGUCAAUAGUUCCAUUUUGCUACAAACCGUCACUAGCCAGCUGACCGGUAGUUUGCCCAACGGGCUGGGGAAUUUCGUCCUUCGACCUAGCAAACCGAACAAACCUACAAAGGUGUCAGACGUACAGGAGUUUUCUAAACUCGACGAUGAUAAUCGGGCAACCGCAACAUUGAAAGCUGUUCCUCCCCCAUCCCCUCCGACGUGUUCGACGUGCUUUAGCUCGUGUUUCUACAGACCUUUUCAACGAAUCGUUGGUGCAACCGACGUAUCGUCCGACAGCAAAUACCCGUUUAUCGUUUUGAUAACAUACCUGGACAGUCCGUCCGGUCACGGAGCACUAAUCAACGACCGUGCAAUUAUCACCACCGCCACCAUUAUCGCCAGCAUGCCCUUACAAACGGAAAUACGGGCAUUGCUUGGCGUGUACGAUCGGUCCCAAAAUACAUCAAUGUCGUCGGAAGAAAUAGGCACUAUCUACACCCAUCCCGAUUUUAAAAGCAGAAACCAAUUUGCUAACAAUAUUGGACUGCUGAUACUAAAAAACCCGCUAACGAGCUUCACACCAAUCUGCCUACCAACUGCCGUGUCAAAAUCUCCUCCCGUCUCAAAGGCUACCGUAAUUGGCUGGGGUGCCAAUCAUGCCGGAGGAGGCUUAGUUGAUGUUUUGCAGGAAUACGAGCUGCAAAUGUUUUCUCCUGUCGUCUGCUACAUGGCCACCACCAGUUUGACCUCCAGAGCAACUGCGAAUAAUCUGUGUGGGGGUUCUACAAAGUUUAUAUCAAAGGAUGGAGCCGCAUGCACAGGGGAUAGCGGUGAUCCUUUAGUAGUGAUGAAUGGCACAUCUUGGGAAUUGAUCGGAAUUUCGCUUGAGAUCCCUGAGUUUGAAUGCGGUAAAAAUCGUUUUCCAGCAAUGUUUACUGCCAUUAUACCGUACUUGGAUUGGAUCACUACUUAUGGAGUUGGCUGUGAGUGUUAUGAUGGUUAA